UACAAAACCUGUAACGAACAAUCAAAUAGGCAAAGCACAUGAUAGCAAAGAAGACGGAGCCGGGUUAAUGUAUUGGAACUAACCUUACAUAGCCUUGUUUAUUGCGCUCGGACACGGAGAUUCUUUAUAGCCUAAACAACGUCUAAAUAUAAUGCCUAUAUUUGUUCUCUUCAAAUGUUAAACGUCUUGACCAACUUCGAAAUUCUUGCAUGGAUUAAAAAUACCGCUGAAUGCUUGUGAGACCAUGAAGUUCAAUAGAUAAAUGAAACUACCAGAGAGGCUAUGGAGAUAGAUUCGGUGAGAGUCGAGUCGAGUCUGUGGAUCGGGAAUAAGCGGUACAGAGCUCACCUGAGCGGAUGGUACUUCAGCUGGACUGAGAUCGACAAGGGGAACCGGGAGAAGAAAACAAUUUCAGUGCCGGUGUCAGAGGUGAUUGGGGUGAAGGAGGGUCGAGUUGAGAUCCAACCCCAGAAGAAAGUAGAAGACACUGACCUUGAUUUUACACUAUUCUAUGUGAAGCGCAGCAGCAAAGGAAAUGGCAUCAGAGCGCCGUGGAGUCUGGGCAGGACCCAGUUCUGCUGUCCAAGCCGGGCCGUCCGGGAUCAAUGGAUCACUCAACUCCGAACCGCACUCAAAACCCACAGCCCCUCGCGUCCUCACAGGUUGUUGGUGUUCAUUAAUCCUUUCGGAGGAAAGAAGAGGGGGAAACAGAUCUUUCAUUCUCUAGUGGCCCCUCUGUUCGAGCUGGCUGGCAUCAGCUCACAUGUUGUGGUGACUGAACGAGCAAAUCAGGCCAGAGACUACAUCCUGAAGAAAGACUUAACAGGGUUUGAUGGAGUCAUAUGCGUGGGUGGAGACGGCAUGUUCAGCGAGCUCCUGCAUGGUGUGAUUGGACGAACCCAGCAGGAGGCGGGAGUUUCAGAACACGACCUGACUGUAAUGCUGCAGCCGUGUGACCUCCACAUUGGCAUUAUUCCAGCAGGCUCUACAGAUUGUGUGUGUUUCACUACCAUAGGCAUAAAUGACCCUGUGACAUCGACGCUGCACAUCAUCAUUGGAGACUCUCAGCCUCUGGAUGUGUGUUCUGUCCAUUAUCAGUCAACACUGGUGCGUUAUUCCGUCUCUAUGGUGGGCUACGGUUUUUAUGGGGAUGUUUUGGCAGAGAGCGAGAGGCACCGCUGGAUGGGCCCUCUCAGAUAUGAUUAUUCAGGUUGUAUGGUGUACUUAUGUAACAGGAGCUAUCCGGGACUAGUGCAAUACCUACCUGCUGAUUCCCAUGUCUCCAGCCCACGGGACAACACUCGCUGCCUCUCAGGAUGCCGAGUGUGUUCGGAGAGCAAAGAAAGGCUGUUUCCACACUUUGACAGCUCCAGUUCUCUCUACAGCACUAAUGUGAGCCAGUACAGCAAUGAGUUAGAGGGUGAGUGGGUGACCGUUGAAGGCAGGUUCAAGUGUGUCUCUCUCACCUGUAUGUCAAGCUCAUGUCCAAAGAGCCCAACGGGUCUUUCGCCAUCCGCCCAUCUGGCCGACGGGACGGCAGACCUCAUCCUGGUGCGAGAAACAAAUCCUCUGGGCUUUCUCACGUACCUUCACAGGCACACAAACACACAGGAUCAGUUUGACCUGCCCUUCGUUGAAGUUCAUCGUGUCAGGGCUGUUCGGUUUUCUCUACCCCCUGGAGAAGAAGAAGAAGAAGAAGAGGAGGAGGAGGAUGAUCGAGAAGUUCAGGCCUCCGCUGAAGAUCCUGAGAAACUGUGCAGUAGUAACACUGCAGGUCACUCACAGCAGAAUCUGACAGCGAGGACGGAGAGAAGAAAUGUGACGAUUAGAGAAAAGCGCAGAGGCUUCGUGUGUGGGCCUUGCUGCACGAAACCACGCUCAGUAUCAGUGUGGAACUGCGAUGGAGAGAUUCUACCUCACACCGAGAUCUCGUGCAGAGUUCAUGGCCAGCUGGUGCGUCUCUUUGCCAGGGGCAUCGAGGAUUCAACAAGCUAACGAAAGAGAUAUGAUCAACCUGAACAGAUGACCUCUUUAUUGCACUCUUCAUGAGGAAUUCAUUGUAAGGGAGAUAAAAUAUUAUGUAAAUACUAUGUAUGAUGGGUAAGAGUCUUAAAAGGUGAAUGCAUAAGACGCACAGUGGACCACAGAUGUCAUUUAAGCUCAUUUCACACAUUUUUUAGCAAACUAUUUCAACCGUUCCUAUAUUUUCAUGGAAAUAUUGAGAAUAGUGAUAUCAUUAACAUGUGGGUGAUGGAUCCGUUUUAGAUCUGUCUUAAUUUUGUUCAUUUCACAGAUUUUAUAGCUUUUUUGCAGAGCAAAAAAGUGUUUAUGCAAUAUUUUAGUGCAGUCUGAUAGAUAACUUGUGUCACGUUUAUUUAAUUGAGGUUUUGCACAUAAGUGAGAGCACUGGCUUGUCUAUCAAAGUCUUGUACUGGGAGUAAUGCUCAAAAACAGAGUGAAUGACAUGUUUUUAGGGAGUGGACUCAUUCCAGACAGCUCAGCUGGAAUGUGCAUAUACAGGAUGUCAAUGGGUUUUAAUGUUCAAAAUCAUGAAUAUGUGUGUUUGUACAAAUAAAGUGUCAUGAAAAGUCUUCUUACCUUGAUAUGCUUGAAACGUUGUAUUUACUACAGAUCCACUAGACAUGCUGCAUUAAGACAAAAAAUGAAAAUACAUUCGAUUU